AUGAUUGCUUUGGCUAUUCCCUCAUUUAGGAAAGUGAAAGAUGAAACGGAAUCAGGAUAUUUUGUUUACGAAAUUCAUGUGACAAAACCAAGUGGUCGUGAGGUUACGAUCGAAAGACGGUUUCAGGAGUUCUAUCAAUUCAACAAACAAGUCUGUAAAUCGGUCAACAACCCUCCUCAUUUCCCAUCAACGAAGCUACCUAAGCCGCUGAAUACGAACACUAGAUUUUUGGAGUCGAGAAGAGCAGCUCUGGAGGAAUACUUGAGAAAUCUUGUAUCGUUAAUCGAGAUCAGCGAAGUUCAUGACCUUUUGACAAGAUUUUUGGAAACCAAUUUGCCACAGCAUAUUCGAAUGCAGAAUUUAGAUUAUUCAAGAACCAGUUCGAUUGAAGAUCUUGAUGGAUAUUCAGUUGAAGGACCUAAAUUGACUCAUCAACCUCUUGUGUGCUUUGUUCGUGAUCCUUUUAAAGAUUAUGUCUGCAGCACAAAUCCUCUACCAGAUGUUGUCCUACAAGGUACUUUGGAAGGCUUGUAUGGAAAUCUUCAAGCUACACAAGUCACAGAUUGUUUUGAUAGACUUAGAGUUCAAUAAACGGCUGUCUUAGGUUAUUUUUUUGAGCUGAGCCUGACUGUCCGUCAUGAACAAUCAAAUCUGAUAUUACACAUUAGGUUGAAUAGAGGUAUCUAUAAAAAAAGUUGGCACCCUAGCUAAUAAAUAAGUACAAUAUUCGCCAUUUGUGCAUCUCCCAUCAUACACCUUGUUUGUCCCCCAAAAUUUUGCAUAGCCUUUGUCUUUCAUUUCUGUUGAGUAUUACGGCAAAAGACUGUUUCUUUUGGCAGGGGGAGGGGGGGGGACAAGGUGUAUCAUGAGAGAUGUGCAAGUGGAAAAUGAAAUUUUACACAGUAAAACAAACAUUUUAUGUUAUAUGAGAUAGAUUGCAAAUUUGAGAGGUCACCAUCUUGAUUUAACUUUGUGUGGAAAAUAUCUGGAGAGAAUUGAAAUCACUUACAUAGAGCAAUCAGGAUUUGCACUCUGCCCAGAUACUAUCAGUACUCUCAUAAUCGGCUUUCAUACUUGACAAACAGACAGAAAAUUGAAAGAAUGUGACCAGUCAGAGUCUCUGGGUCAAGUUAAUACUGUGGUAGUGAGAGGGUUAUAGAAAUUGGGAGUUUGAUAAUGAGAGAAAAGGUAAGAUUUCUAUUAAGGUUGCUGUUAUUUUUCAGCACAGAGAUGGCAGUCUUUUCCAACAGGCAAAAUUUAUCAGCAACAGGCACAAUUAAAAGGGAAAAAAAUGUUAUUUUCAUAACAAAUUUAGGCAUCUUUCAUAUUAUAGCUAUUAGUAGUUUAUCAUAUUUAUCCAUUUUACUUUCUUUCUUAUUUUUCUACUUGUAAGUACUUUUAUACAGAGUUUUUGAUUAUAACAGUCAAAAAGAGCAAGGAUCCAUGUGAUCAUUAAAAUAUUAGUUUCAGACAUCUAAGAUUAAUAGAGGUUCCUUUAUGUUGUUUUAUUUUUGUAUGAAUACUUAUAUUAUUAUGAAUGCAUUGAAUUUGUCAAUGAAAACAUAAUAGUACCGCCUAUUUUGGGGUAUUGGAUUUUGAAGUUAUUUAUUAGCCUUUAUGUGGCUGUACACUCAGGCUAAUUAUUUAUUAGGCUUAGUUGAAAAGCAAAGUGCACACAAUGGGUUGUUGUCAUUAUUAGUAACAUAUUUUAUAUAAUAGUAUGAAUAAUGCAAAUAAAUAAAAAUAUAGAUACCUGCUCCUUUAUCAUUAUUUUUUUUAUUUCCACAUAACCCAUAGCAUAUAUUAAAGUGGUUGAAAACAACACCCUCUUAAAAUUACUGAACAUAACUAUGAUGAUUAUUAAAAUCAUCAAUGAAAUGCUUUUUUCAACCUUAGCCCAGCACUCACCAAAGGAAACUUAAAAGUGACGUAGUUCGCAGUGGGAGAAUCUAAAAGAGCCAAGAGACUCAACGUUAUUGGUUAAAGAACUCUGAGAGCAUCUCUCUGUCCAACAAUUUUCACUGGCAAUAAAAAUAUUCUUUAUGAUUCUUACACAAUUUCAGACAAUAGGGGGUGCUUCCACCCCCUCACUCCCUCUAAAUCUGCCCAUGAUUGCUGCAGAGAGUAUUUGCACAUCUGUUAUAUAGAGAGAGGACUUGCUGUUAAUUACAGGGACAUUGCAACUGUUUUCAGCCUUUUAAACAGCCUGAAAAAACUGGUGACAUUUGGCAAUGCCACCACUGGUUUCUCAGCCAAUGACAUCUGA